AUGAUUCCACGUUCGAAUUUUCCGGUUGAAUCUCAUAAUUCAAUUACUGAAGCAUCUGGCGAUCCAAACAGUGUUAUUGUUUCACCAAUUGUAUACACCAGUACACAUCCAGGUGGAUUUGAACCGAAUCUAAUGAAGCCUUCAGUCAUUGAUCCAAUGUCUCUUAUUCACAUUGAUUUGCCGAAAUUCCCUUUAUCGGUGUUCGCGCCAAGAACAGUUCGAAAUCUUCCGUCUCCUUUAAA